AUGGCUACCAUUCUGUUCCUUAUGAGUUUUGCAAUAACUUCUUAUGGAAUUGACACUUUAGGCCUUGAUAUAAGUUUUUGGCCUGUAUCCAUAGUUGACUUUGGCGACUGAAGAGGCUUUGGUGCAAUGGCUGCAAGAGAUAUCCCAAAAGGAACUCCUUCUAUGAUAAUCCCGAUAGACUGGGUGAUUAAUUCUCAUGAUCCAUACCCGCUAUCUCCUUACCUCAAAGACUUAUUAUCUUCAGAAGGCCUUUUGGCUUACCGUUUGCUUUGGGAUAGAUUCUCAACUGCCCCUACCAAACCACUCACAAAAACGUUUACUGAAAUUAUCCCAGAGUCUUAUAACACUUUUGGCCUGUGGAAUGAGACAGAAAGACAAUGGAUGCAUGAGUAUUCAAUUGAAUUUUUUGAGUAUAACCACUCUUUUAUAUUAAAAGAUGAGUUUCUCAAAGCAAAGCAAAUUUUAGAAAAACUUGAUUUUGUGCCGAAAGAGCUGUUGGAGCUGAAAUGGUUUCAGUGGGGCUAUGGAGCUGUGAUUUCUAGAACUUGGUCCUAUCCAUUAGCACUGAUAAAAAUUGGCAGAGGGGAAGAAGUGGUCCCAGACGACUACGCAAUUAGGACAACAGGGCUCUACCCUGUUGCUGAAAAUGUCAACCAUUGUACAGUCCCAAUUAAAGAUAGGAAGCCUUUUAUAUUUCAUAGCUAAUAUUUAUAGCCUAAACCAAAAGCUAAAGCCCUUUGAUUCUAACCCUUGGCUUGCUGGAUAACGUCUUCAUGGAGUGGGAGUCUUUUGGGAGUCAGCUGGCAGCUAUUCCAGUCCAAGUAUUAGUUAUCUGGAUGGCUUUUUGGCUAAGGGCUCUUUCUCUACUGGUUUCGGAGGGUCAUAUAUCUUUUUACCUGGUGUAAUCCGACCUCAAGCAGGCAAACAGGGAGGCAUCGGUUUGACCUUUGCCCCUGCAUAGCAUCCUCGAGACAGACAGCAAUGAAGGGGUCUUCUAAUUCUAACCUGCUGAAACUCAAGACGUAGUAAGCCCUUAGUCCUGGGAGAAGGCUGCAGCUGAUAGGGCACGAUCAACUGGUGCUACCCCAGGCAAGCAAGUAUCUGUUGUCGAAAGCGUGCAAGCUAUUUAAUCUUAAUAUCUUAUAUUUCCAGCGAUGACUAUGAAAGACAAGUGGGCUGCUGUGAUGGCUCAGAUGAAUUUUAAAGCUGGUCAAGAGUUUUGCAUUGAAUAUGAUGAAGACCCAAAUAAUGGGAUGCUUUUCAAGCAUGGGUUUGUGCUUGAAAAAAAUUAUUUGGAAGAGUUUUACAUUAAGAAAACAACUGAUAAAUGCAAUGAAAAGAAGAUGAAAGAAAAAUGCCAAUGGACUUUGAAUUCUUACGAAGUCAAUAAGAGAUUUUUGGACUUCCUGGCUGAAGGAAAAGAUUAGAAUAAUUAAAGAUUAGGCCUCCUUGCUUUAUCGUUUCACCCUAUACAUGUCUUCAAAGUAGACUUGCCCAGCUGCAAGUGAGCCUAUAUUUUUUGAGUAUAUCAGAUUCAACUAGAGAUAGCUUCUUCAAGCUUCCCUCAUAGCUUUUAAAGCAGUUUGGGAACAUUGGAUUGCAAACUUUCGGAAUUGACUAAUGCUGCUUCAGUAAUUGGAUUCCACCUAGGGAUAUAAUCCCUUACUAAUAUUAGUGUCAACGAUGCCUAAUUGCGAUGAAAAAAAAAAACUUCACUCUUUAUAUAUGGAAUAUGCCAUUAACUAUGGUUUUCAUUCAUUUAAUUAGGUAUAUGUUUUUUCGUUAGCGUGCAGGUCUACUAAUUAAAUCCUUUUUUUCAAAUCCUUAUCGGCAUUACACAAAGUCUUCAUUGCUGGGCGAGGGGAGACAACACUUAACGGAACACAAAUAUCCAGUGCUCUUAGACUUUUUUUCUUUAUUUGAUUUAGCUUUAGACACCAGCAAGGUCGUCAAAGUCUAAUUAGGUGCUGAAGAGGAUGGCUCAGCGACAUUGUCUCUCUAUUUUAUUGACUGAAGGAAAAGGAAAUGAGGUUGGGUUAAAAAAAUAUUUAAAGGAAGUUAGUGAAAUUUUGAGCGGAAGCAAAUAUAGCCUGAGAGAUUUGCAAAGGCUGCUAUCUUCGAAGGAGAAUUUGAGAGAAAAUGUGGCAGUGAGAUAUGGAAUAGGCCAAAGAAUGCUGCUAUUGGAACAAAUAAAGCUUGCAGAAAGAGAAUUGAUGAAGAUUUAUUCCAAAAAAAUGCAUAUUUAG